CUGUCUUCUUUUCCAUCAACUUCAACGGCCAACGCCGAACAACAAAAUACAGUAAUCCUCCAAAGAAAUGCGAAAAACUACAGUAAUAAUCUGAAUGGAGAAUACGGUAGAAAAAAUUAUGAAAAAAAUGAAGAGAAAAAAGAGGAUUACAGUAAUGUGCCGGCUUCGAUUAUUAUUCAAAUUGGUGAGAUUUUUAGGGUUACUGUAGGCACAGGGUUACUGUAAAAAUGCCAAAUUAAAAAAAUCUUAUUUCCAGAAAAAGCGAAUCGAACAAUCGCGGCUCAAAAUGUAGAAAUCGAUCGCCUCCGUAAUUUUCCCAACUCAGAAGACACGAAAAUGCUCAAACGUCAAAUAUUUGAACUCGAAAAAGAAAUGCGUGGAAAUCGAGAACGAUUUCUAGAACAACAGGAAUUAUUAAGUGAAAUGUCUCGAGAAAUGGACAAUUUAUUGAGGGAAAAACUGAAAAUGCAGGCGAAUUUACAAGAAAUGGAGAAAAAAUAUCGAAAAGCCAAAUAUGCGACGAAAGAAUUGGCGAGAAUUUUAGAAAAUGAUUCGACGAAAUUUGUGGGAAUUUGUAAUGAUUCCGAAAAUGAAGAAUAUGAAGAGGAUUUUGGGAAUGAGACUAAUAUGAGCAAUUCAUUAUUUCAUAGGUUGGAUAUUUUUGGAAAUUCGGGAAAAACUUUGAAAUAAAAUUUUUAUAGAAAAAUUCCGAAAGGAGUUCUUAAAAUUUUUUAAAAUUUGUAUCAAAAAUAUAAAUAGUUUUAGUAAAAUAAAUUUUCCACGUGUAUUUAUGUCUUUUGGAAACAAUAUAUCCCGCCUCAAAACGGACCUACAGUAACUUUUUGAUAUGUUCAAUAUUGAAUCAAAACUUUAGUCCCUACAGUAAUCCAAGUUUUGUUCAAAAACAUUUUUGUCCAGGUCUCGUCAAUUAUCCCGCCAACAAGACUGCAAAAGAUCUGAAAUCCAAAGCUGAAAGAGCCAUCGAACAAGCUGAAGAAAGAAAGAAAAAUGAGAUUUUGGUAAGUCCUUCUCAUUCAUUAAUUUCAUUGAGAUUCCUAAUUAAAACAAUUAUUUUUCCAGUCAAAAGAGCGUGAAAUGAUGGAAAAAGUGUUGGCUGACAAUGAGAAUCUAUUGAUUGAUUUGGAUAGGGAAAGACAACUUAGCGAAUCUCUGCACAAUGAUUUGGAGAAAACUAGAACUAUGGUAAUUUUUUGAUUUGAAAUCUCAACAAAAAAAGGUAUUUUUCUCGUAGAUUUUGGAUCGUGACGAGACCAUUCUUGAUCUGAAAUCAAAAUUAGGAAAAGCUGAUGAAUUGAAAAAUCAAGCUGAAUUGGAUUUGUCGAGAACAUCGACUGAUUUGGCAUUGGAAAGAGCAAGAUGUGAUGCGUUGACUUUGGAAUUACAUGAAUUGGACGCCAUUUUCGCGCAGGUUCUUUUUUUUAGGGGUUAUAUUCUCUACCUCGCAUUUUUCUUUACAAAUUUCAGACUUUUUUGCAGACCCAAUCGACAGUUCAAGCAUUUGCAAUAGAAAAUGAGCAACUCGAUGAGAAAUGUCGAGAAGCUCAUCACACAAUUAUUUCACUCAAUGCCAAGCUGUAAGUUUUACUUUUGACUAUAAAAAUAAAUUUGUUUGAAACUAAAAUUUACUUGAUAAAAUAUUGCAGAAAUGAUUGUGCUUUAUGUCGACCUUGUGAGUUUUUAGAGUGCUUUUCAGUUUUAAUUUUAGUUUUCCUCACAUUUAGAUUUUUUUUGAGAUCCUAACAAUGUAAAUAAAAAUGUUUUUUUCUUUCAGAGAAGCUCAAGGAAACGACCUGAUUCAAACCAAAAAACAACUUCGUGCCAUCAAAGAAGCCUCGACCAAAACAUGA